CGUAUGCCCCACCAUUUCUGCCUGAGGAUCAGACAGGGCUCUUUGACUGCAUUUCAAUGCACUUUCAUUCCCUACUAAACAAUAAGCAUCUAACAUGGCCUCCUCCUCAUCAAUAGCAUUCCAGGCUGUCCAAGCGUCGCUAGAUACUUCAAUACUCCUACAGCCUCCCCAAAAGUGGACGAACUCUCAUCUGGACGUAGCCAGGGUGAAGGCCACGAAAGACGUGACUACAGAACACAUGCUGGGACACCAAUACGUACCAGUAGACGGUAAUCCAGGAAUGCGUACCUCUCUUUGUGACUAUACAGGGCAUUAACCGUUGAACUCCCAGCUUACGAAAAGGCAGCCGGACUCCUGUGCGCAUUUACAGAGGAAGACAUUCGACAGAGAAAGUAUGAAGACCGGC